AAAUUUCGUUCGAGGAAAGGGACUUUCACAGGUUAAAGAUGUUCUUCUCCAAGCAGAUGAAAGAAGAAAAAAAGCCUUGGAGUAUCAGCGUGCUAUUGAAGCUCAAAUGGAGGAGAAGAGAAGGAAACAGCAUGAAGAGCAUCAAAGAAGGAUACUAGAAGAACAGGAGGAGGAGAAAAGGCUUGCUCAGGAACGAGCUAGACUACAGGAACAGUAUGAAGAAGAGCAGAAAAAGAUAAAAAUGAAAGAGGUUGAAAUUGGAAAAGCCAUUCGUAGUUUGGUACAACUGAAAGGUCUUCUGUCACUGUGGAGAGGAUUAGGACCAACUAUUCUCAGAGAUGUACCUUUUUCAUCUAUAUACUGGGCCAGUUAUGAACAUUUAAAGUUCAGGUUUCAGAUGGAACAGCCUGGAUUUUGGUUCAGUUUUACUGCUGGAGGCACAGCUGGAACUGUUGCAGCUGUAUUAACUCUGCCAUUUGAUGUUGUUAAAACACAUCGACAGAUUGAGCUUGGUGAAAUGGACAUACAUACUA